UUUUCGUACUUUGGCUCUCUCUCUCUCUCUCGCUCUUGUUCGCUCUGUGGUUGAGGAGAAGGUUGCUUUGCUUGUGGUGGCGGCGGUGAAAUGAUGGAGAGGGACUUCCUCGGGGUGGCGAAGGAGGGGGGGAGAGGGAGAGAGGCGUCGUCGAAGGAGGAAGCCAAGGAAAGAGACCUCUGUCGCAGGUUCGCGGCCAAGAACUCCGUGGUGGAUGCGCGUCCUGCCGACUCCCCACUCAUGGGGAGCCCUCAAUGGCCUUACUUGAACAAGUUGCCGUUGCAACAAUUCAUGACGAUUAAAGGGGGUGCUCACGAGGAAAGGUCUAGGAAGAUUGGAUACGAUCAACUUUCUUCAUCUGGAUUUGGGCCCAUCUCAUCUGUGGAUGCGUAUGAAACGAACCGCAGAGUUCCAUCUGCAGCCAAGAAAAGCUUCACCUUAGAUACCAAUGGCCCACAUAUUGGGCAGGGAAGCCAUUUUGGGCUUCCUUGUGCCACCUAUCCUGCUCAAUCUGUUGGUCAGGGACCCUCGACAUCUCAUCAUUCACAAGAACUGAGGGUAUUUCCAGUUUCAAGCAGCUCUUUAUCAGCCUCAGUGAACAGUAAUUAUUACAAGCUCUAUGGGACAGCUGCAAGCACAUCUCCCAAUGGGCUUGCAUCGGUGAAGCCCUUUGGAGGGGUACCUGUCACUACUCACUACGGUGGUUUGCUGGAUAUGGCCUCUGUUUCUGCACCUUCCAGGAGCAUUCCAAUUGCUUCAGCAAAGCCUACUCCAUCUGCACAAUUGACGAUCUUCUAUGGAGGCUCAGUCAAUGUGUUUGAGGAUGUUCCUUUGGAUAAGGCUCAGGCAAUCAUGUUCUUGGCUGGAAAUACUCAGAACCUCAUGGCCCAAGUUCCACCUACAACCAAACCCAUUGCGAACGGGUUUCACAUUAAUGCAAUGAAAGCAACUUGUUCGGGGCUUUCUAGCCCUGUCUCUGGAACUUCGCAGCUACAGUUUUCUGGUGGUCAUUCGGGUGUUCAAUCUGCUGGAGGGUCUACAAGCACGGAUGAGGUAGCCGCAGCUAAAACCAUGAGCCCUUUGGCCUGCAAAAUCCAACAAGAGCCUUCAAAGGGAACACCAUUGGCAUCUGUGGCGACUCUUGGUCCAACAGUUCCUCAGGCACGGAAAGCUUCACUAGCUCGAUUCUUGGAGAAGCGCAAGGAGAGGUUGACAGUUGCUUCGCCAUAUGCUAAGCCGCCAGAAGCUUGUAAGGAGGGCGACCAUUCUGCUCUUGAUGUCAACGUUCCGACAAGCAUAGGGGAGUGAAGCCCCGCUUGAAAGACUGGCAAACUACUGUGAGCACCUUAAAAGCAUAAAAACAAUGGGAAGCAGUCGGUGAAGAAAUUGAGGGCAUGCUUUUCUCAAAUUGUAAAUACUUGGUCUUUAUAAUUUUAUGAACGAGCAAUCGCUAGAUCUCUCCUUCCUCUCUCUUCUCUGUAACCAGAGGUUUUCCCGUCUGGGAAAGCUGUAGCUUGAAUUCUAGUUUCUGAUGGUUUCAUAAAUUUAUAUAUCUGCAAGCUGAACAAGAACAUUGAAGUUCAUCUCUGUAUAAUUUUUUUCUUUUGGGGGGGUUUUGACUCGAGGGAAGAAGAUUAAGUUUUGUCA